UGUAGUAACUCGAACCAGGAAUACUAAUAAAGAGAGUAUCGAAUACAAAAGGGCUCUCUCUCUAUCAAUAUGGGGAAUUGUGCACUAAAGCCAAAAGUUUUGAUGACAGCCGGAGGAGCUCCAGCACCGGAGGAGCUUCAGAUUUCACUUCUUGACGAUCACAAGGUCGACGCUGCCAAAUCUCUGAGCAACUUGUUCCUUCAAGAUAAGGCAGAGAAGAAAACAAAGGAGGACGAGAAGGCAAUAACUGAAAAGGUUCCGGUAACUGAUGAUCUGAAAACAGCUUUGGCUGAGGCAAAAUCCCCAACUAAAGAGAUCAAAUAUCCGGCAACAGAGACAGAGCCUCUGGUAACAGAGACACAAUCUCCUGUAAAUGAGACAACUGUUCCGGAUGAUGAUCAGAAGGUUAGGAAGGAAGAGACUGUUUGUGAGGAGAAAGUGAUCGACGAUGUGACUGUGAAAAAGACAGAGGCAAAAACAGAGGCGAAGCCAGAGGAAGUCAUAAAAGAAGAAGCAGCAGCACCAUGAAAGAAGUUUAAAAGCUAGUUUCUGCCUUUGCCUUCUUGAUAGCAAUAUCAAUCUUUUGGUUUUCUUUAUAUUAUGUUUGUUAUGUGUUCCAAAAUUCAUUAUAUCAAAUGCAAUGUCAGUUUUCCUUUACGUGAUUCAUCAACUAG